UCUCAAUGAGUUUCGCUCACAACGAAGCACAAAACAAUAGUAGUAUAUAAGCUUGGCUAGGCUCUCAAAUUCUUAAAUUCGACACUAAAAGUGGUUUGAAUAUAUGCAUCAUCCACGAUUGAUACUGCGAAAUAUUUACAAAACACUUGGCUCACCAAUAGUCCACUAUUCUUCUCAAUCCCCUUCUUCCUCGCUUAAACCCUAUUGCUUUUUCUCCAAACCCUCAAUUUCUCUCUGCCGCACUCUUGCUACCAAUCUUCUUCAUCCGCCAUCAAUGGAUCACAAAGAAACUUCUCUUCGUCAACUGUUAGCUGAAAAGCAAGCCGCCAUCGAUGUCCAAGCUGAUUCUGUUAGGGAUCUCAAGGCUUCAGGUGCUGCUGAUAAGUCUGCGAUUGACGCUGCCGUUGAAGCUCUUAAAGGUCUGAAAAUGGAGAAAUCGUCCAUCGAAGAGCAGCUUCAAGCGAUUGUUAGGAGUAAUGGAGGUGAUAGUUCUGCUAGUAGGGAGGUUUUUCGUCAAAGCGUGAUUAAUACGCUUGAGAGGAAAUUGUUUUAUGUUCCUUCUUUUAAGAUCUAUGGUGGUGUUGCUGGUCUUUAUGAUUAUGGUCCUCCUGGUUGUGCUGUCAAGCAAAAUGUUCUUGCCUUUUGGCGUCAGCAUUUUGUCCUGAACGAAAAUAUGUUGGAGGUUGAUUGCCCGUGUGUGACGCCAGAGGUUGUUCUAAAGGCAUCAGGGCAUGUGGAUAAGUUUACCGACCUUAUGGUUAAGGACGAAAAAACAGGCACUUGCUACCGUGCUGACCACUUGCUCAAGGAUUUCUGCAAAGAGACGCUUGAGAAGGAUCUCAGUCUAUCAGCAGAAAAAGCAGCAGAACUCAAACAUAUCUUAGCUGUGCUAGAUGAUCUCUCUUCUGAGGAGUUGGGAGCAAAGAUAAAGGAAUAUGGCAUAACUGCACCUGAUACAAAAAAUCCACUUUCUGAUCCAUAUCCCUUCAAUUUAAUGUUUCAGACCUCUAUUGGUCCUUCUGGUUUAAUGCCUGGGUUCAUGCGUCCAGAGACUGCACAAGGUAUUUUUGUCAACUUCAAGGACCUCUACUAUUACAAUGGCAAUAAGCUACCUUUUGCUGCUGCCCAAAUUGGUCAAGCUUUCAGAAAUGAGAUAUCUCCACGCCAAGGUCUUCUUAGGGUUAGAGAGUUUACUCUGGCAGAAAUAGAACAUUUUGUGGAUCCCCAGGACAAGUCUCAUCGUAAAUUUCGUGAUGUUGCAAGCUUAGAGUUUUUGAUGUUUCCUAGGGAGCUACAAGUGUCUGGGAAAUCUGCACAGAAGAUGGCCCUUGGUGAAGCAGUUAGUAAGGGCAUUGUGAACAAUGAAACAUUGGGUUAUUUUAUUGGGAGAGUUUACAUAUUUCUCACAAGCCUUGGCAUUGAUAAAGAGCGGUUAAGGUUCCGCCAACAUCUUGCAAAUGAGAUGGCUCAUUAUGCUGCAGAUUGUUGGGAUGCUGAGAUUGAAUGCUCAUUUGGUUGGAUUGAAUGUGUUGGCAUUGCUGACAGAUCAGCCUAUGAUUUGCGUGCUCAUACGGACAAAAGUGGUGUAGCCCUUGUUGCUCAUGAAAAGUAUGCUGAACCAAGAGAAGUAGAGAAACUUGUGAUUACCCCUGUGAAAAAGGAGCUUGGUCUUGCAUUCAAGGGUAACCAAAAGAUGGUGGUGGAAGCUUUGGAGGCCAUGGAUGAAAAAGAAGCCAUGGAAAUGAAGGCCAACUUGGAGUCCAAGGGUGAAGUGGAAUUCAAUGUUUGCACCCUUGGGAAGAAUGUGACGAUAACGAACAAGAUGGUAGCCAUAAAGAAGGAGAAAAAGAAGGAACAUCAAAGGGUCUUUACACCUUCAGUUAUUGAGCCAUCAUUUGGUAUUGGCCGUAUUAUAUACUGUUUGUAUGAGCAUUCUUUCUACACCAGGCCAAGCAAAGGUGGAGAUGAGCAACUGAAUGUUUUCCGGUUCCCUCCACUUGUGGCUCCCAUCAAAUGCACGGUGUUUCCUCUGGUUCAAAAUCAGCAGUAUGAGGAAGUCGCAGAACAGAUUGCAAAGUCAUUGACUUUGUCUGGCAUCUCGCAUAAAAUUGACACUACAGGUACAUCAAUCGGAAAGCGAUAUGCAAGAACUGAUGAACUUGGAGUUCCCUUCGCCAUCACUGUUGACAAAACGACUUCUGUGACAAUUCGGGAAAGAGACAGCAAGCAACAAAUUCGGGUCAAUGUGGAUGAGGUGUCAUCUGUUAUUAAAGAGGUGACUGAGGGUCAGAGCACCUGGGCUGAUGUGCAGUGGAGAUUCCCGACUCAUUCAUCUACGUCUACAGAUGAGUGAAUACGCAACCAGAAGUGAGUUGCUCCUCCCAAAGAUGGAAGGAUGAAAAAUUGAAGGUGUAGCAAUUCAACUGUAAAAGAUCAGUACACUUGCUCGUUUUUUGGUGAGAUAUUACACAUUUCGUUUCUACCCUGAUAACUAAGCCAUUUUGUCAUGAUAAAAUGCUUAUCUAAUUCAUUUUAAAUUGCCCCUCUGAUUUCAUUGCUUUC